CGGGAAGAUGGAUUCCCUUUUCGAGCGACGGGUGACGUGAUCAGAUUCACCUGCUCAUUCGGGUUGCUCCGUAUCUCGUUGAUGGUGCACUACCUCGCAAUGAUCUAGUGACCCUCCAGUCUGCUGGAUCUCUAGUCAUUAGUGUCAUCAUUAGUCUUCCCUACUGUACGGAUACCGGGCAUUAAUUGCUGGGGUCUCUUAUUAGUGGGCCACAGUCUUAAGAGGCGUCGGCGUUUAAUAGGAAUUACGCUCGGAGGCGCAGAGUUCAGACCGGACGAGCAAGCGUUCUCAUUCACAAAAAGGUUGCCGGCACCUUCUUCUAUUUGCCGAACCGCUCAGACAGGAUUGGGAAGCAUUGAUUGACCAUCGCAAACUUGGGACUCUGCCGUCUCCAAUUCGACCCCCAACUUUUCUACUAUCGUUUUAAUUACUUAUAAGAAGGCGUGCACCGGUCGAUACCCCCCUCGGCCGACCUCGCUACGAUGUCACUAUUAUUCCAGAGAGGCCUGGCAACCAUGGCAUCGCUCAAGAAGGCAAGCAAAGUCGUGUGCAUUGGCCGCAACUAUGCGGACCACAUCGCGGAGCUGAACAGCGCGCGGCCCAAGCAGCCAUUCUUCUUCCUUAAGCCGCCCUCGUCCAUCCUGCUUCCCGGAGAGGGCCCGGUCAUCCGACCCCGGGGCAUUAACCUCCACUAUGAGGUCGAGCUUGCCCUGGUCAUCGGCAAGCGGGUGAGGGACUUUGAUGCGUUAGACGAGAAGGCCGCCCUGGACGCCGUCGAGAGCUACGCGCUCAGCAUCGACAUGACCGCCAGGAACGCGCAGAACGAGGCGAAGAAGAAGGGCCUCCCCUGGGACAUCGCCAAGGGGUUCGACACGUUCCUGCCGCUGAGCAAGAUCAUCGCCAAAUCGGCCAUCCCGGACCCGCACAAGAUCGAGCUGUACCUGACGGUCAACAACGUGGUGCACCAGAACGACUCGACCGAGCUGAUGCUGUUCCGCAUCCCGCAGAUCCUGGGCGACAUCUCCAAGGUCAUGACGCUCGAACCCGGCGACAUCGUCCUGACGGGCACCCCCAAGGGCGUCGGCGCCGUGGUCCCCGGCGACGUCAUGCGCGCCGGCAUCAGGAUCAACGGCAAGGAGCUCGAGGAGGCCAAGAUCGAGGUCGCUGUUGAGGAGUCGACCAGCUCGUACGAGUAUGCCGAGACAUGAUUCUCACCGUUCGUGCUGGAGAGGUGUUGCAGUGCAAGAAAAGCAAAACAUGAAAUGGAACUUUCUAUACUUUGUAUUUCGAGACAAGCCAUAGAUUUUAAAUCACAAUAACUACAUGAUAUAUA